ACUUAACAAAUAAAUAAGUCAAAUAUGUUGUCUGUGUCGAGAACGGCAAGGUUAGUGAGAAAUGUGUCGUGCUCUCAGAAAACCUCCAGCGGUGUGUCAGAUCUCAUCAAAAAGGCUUGUCUAAAUGGAUGGACACAGAAAACUCUCCAGACUGCAGCCAGACGUCAUUAUGCGUCAGAGGCUAUCAGAGGAGCUGUCAUUGGCAUCGACUUGGGAACCACAAACUCCUGCGUGGCUGUGAUGGAUGGAAAAAAUGCAAAGGUUCUGGAAAAUGCAGAGGGUGCAAGGACAACCCCAUCAGUGGUGGCUUUUACAUCUGAUGGAGAGCGGCUUGUAGGAAUGCCAGCCAAACGUCAAGCUGUUACCAACCCCAACAAUACUCUUUAUGCUACAAAACGACUGAUUGGACGGCGUUUUGACGACGCUGAAGUUCAAAAAGAUUUAAAGAAUGUGCCAUACAAGAUAGUCCGUGCCUCUAAUGGUGAUGCCUGGCUAGAAGUCCAUGGCAAAAUGUACUCACCCAGUCAGGCUGGAGCAUUUAUACUCAUUAAGAUGAAGGAAACUGCUGAAAGCUACUUGGGCCAGUCAGUGAAGAAUGCAGUUGUUACAGUACCAGCUUACUUCAAUGACUCCCAGAGACAGGCAACUAAGGAUGCUGGACAGAUUGCAGGUUUAAAUGUGCUCCGUGUCAUUAAUGAGCCAACUGCUGCUGCUUUAGCCUAUGGAUUGGAUAAGACUCAAGACAAAAUAAUUGCUGUUUAUGAUCUUGGUGGUGGAACCUUUGACAUCUCUGUUUUGGAGAUCCAGAAGGGUGUUUUUGAGGUGAAAUCUACCAAUGGAGACACCUUCUUGGGAGGAGAAGAUUUCGAUCAGCACCUUCUCAGGCACAUAGUGAAAGAGUUCAAGAAAGAGUCUGGUGUGGAUUUGAUGAAAGACAACAUGGCACUGCAGAGGGUGAGAGAGGCAGCAGAGAAGGCAAAGUGUGAACUGUCUUCCUCUUUGCAGACUGACAUCAACCUGCCAUACCUGACAAUGGAUGCUUCAGGUCCUAAACACUUGAACAUGAAGCUCACACGGUCUCAGUUUGAAGGUAUAGUGGCAGAUCUCAUCCGCAGGACAGUCGCACCCUGUCAGAAGGCUAUGCAAGAUGCUGAAGUCUCCAAAAGUGACAUUGGCGAGGUUUUACUAGUUGGCGGAAUGACCCGAAUGCCGAAGGUCCAGCAGACAGUUCAGGAUCUGUUUGGCCGUGCUCCCAGUAAGUCUGUUAACCCAGAUGAAGCUGUGGCCAUUGGGGCAGCCAUCCAGGGUGGAGUUCUUGCAGGGGAUGUGACGGAUGUGCUCUUGUUGGAUGUUACCCCACUGUCUCUUGGCAUUGAGACUCUUGGAGGAGUCUUUACCAAACUCAUCAACAGAAACACAACAAUUCCUACCAAAAAAAGCCAGGUGUUCUCUACUGCGGCUGAUGGACAGACUCAAGUGGAGAUUAAGGUUUGUCAAGGAGAGCGAGAGAUGGCUACAGACAACAAGGUUCUGGGACAGUUCACUCUGGUUGGAAUCCCUCCUGCUCCUCGUGGAGUUCCACAGAUUGAAGUUACCUUUGAUAUAGAUGCUAAUGGGAUAGUACAUGUCUCCGCUAAAGACAAGGGCACUGGCCGAGAGCAACAAAUUGUCAUCCAGUCAUCUGGUGGCUUAAGCAAAGAUGACAUUGAAAACAUGGUCAAGAAUGCUGAGAAGUAUGCGGAGGAGGACAGGAGAAGGAAGGACCGUGUUGAAGCAGUCAACAUGGCAGAGGGUAUCGUUCAUGACACAGAGUCAAAGAUGGAGGAGUUUAAGGAUCAGCUGCCAGCUGACGAGUGUAACAAAUUGAAGGAGGAGAUCAGUAAAGUACGAGAGCUUCUCUCGCGAAAGGAUACCGAGACAGGAGAGAACAUAAAACAGGCAGCCACAAGCCUGCAGCAAGCCUCACUCAAACUGUUUGAGAUGGCAUAUAAGAAGAUGGCAUCUGAAAGGGAAGGCAGCAGUGGCUCAAGUUCAUCAGGAGAAGCAGGAGAGAAGAAGGAGGGUCAACAGUAAAGCCGGUGACCGUUGAGAUCGUUUGUGGAACUGAAUGGCUUGGGAGCGUGAAUUUGUUUUCCUGAGCAGCGCAUGCAGAAUAUUCUCAAACAUACUGUGUUUUUGGCAGUAAUUUCUACAAAACUAAAUUGUCCUUUUCCUCAUUUACCUCCCUUACAUUGUUUUACAUUCAUUUGUGUCUGCUGUAAAUCUGUAUCAGCCUUGGAAAAUAAAUGUGCAGCAUGUUCGAUUUGCCACCGUGGCUUCAAAAAUCAGUGCAAUACAUGUUAGCUUGACAAAAUACAUGCUCUCACCGCAGGCAUAAUCUUAUUGCCAUUUAGAGAUGCAUUCCAGCCAUUUGGCCUCAGUGUUGUAUGGAGUCCUGUUUUUGAGUUAAUUAUUUUUAUUAUUACUGAAAAUGUGUGUGUGUUGACCUGAUGGGGUGGAAUGCAUGUCUGAAUGGCUUUAGGGUGUAUUUACAGUUAGUUUAUACUGAAUACUUUAAUACUUAAGUGUGGCUGAAGUGUUUCAAGAAAACAAAGUUUUAUUAUAAUCACUAGAGUAUCUGUUCUAUCAAUUCUCCUUAAAUGCAUCGAUUUCAAGCUUGUGCCAGUCAGUUUGAGGUUGGGUAUGAAACUUGAAUAAACCUAGGUAGCGUGGAAUUGAUAGUCAAAUUGUCAGUUUGUUCAUACAGAUACUAGUGCACAUAAAGUACAUUAGUACGUGUAUGUUAGCUUGACAUGUAUAAACCUGUAUCUCCAGACUAGAUGAUAUUUAAAAUGGAUGCUCAAGCAAACAGGUUUAAUUUCAUUUUAAUCUAUGUAUUGCUGUUAAUGACAAUAGUGAUUUAUUACAAGUCAGGCUGUCUUGAGUGAAGGAUCAACUACUUAUUGUCAUUUCCUUGCUGCAAAAUAUAACACAAUCCCAUCUUCUCUGCUUUUUCUAUAUGACUUUCUGGUUCAUUUAAAGAAAAAUAAAAACUAACCACAGUUGCUCUGUACAAAA